AUGGCUUCCAAAACCGGCCCCAAUCAGUAUGCUCCCGGAUUUUCACCAUUAUCCAUUCCAUUUCCGUUGUUGAAGGGCAUCCAUUUUAUGGGAUAUAACCAGCCUACUCCAAUCCAAAAAAAAUGCAUCCCAAUUUUGAACUCCGGAAGGGAUGUUGUAGCAAUGGCACGAACCGGCUGCGGGAAAACCGCUGCAUUUGUGAUACCUCUUUUAAUGAAACUAAACUGUACCCAUUCUGCAAGGGUUGGCGUGAGGGGACUUAUUAUUGCGCCCACCAGAGAGCUUGCAUCUCAAAUUCAUGUAUUUAUAGAGUCUCUUUGCAGGAAAGCGCAUCUUUCUCUCCGUUCGGCCUGUGUUUUGGGAGGUGAUUCCAUUUCAGAGCAAUUUUCAAUGUUGAUGUCAAAUCCAGACAUCCUUAUCGGAACACCAGGCCGCUUACUUCACCUUUUGGCAGAAGUAUCUCAAUCAUCGAAAGAUGGUUCAAUGGCAGAUAAUUUUUUCAAUGCUAUUCAGUUAGUGAUUUUAGAUGAGGCGGAUCGAUUGUUCGAAGAUGCCACAUCUUUGGCUCAAAUUUCUUUGCUAUUUUCUAGAAUUCCGGCAUCAAGACAAGUUGCUUUGUUUUCAGCCACAAUGCCCUCCCAAUUGCUUGGCUUUUCAAAAACUGGUCUUAAAGAUGCCUCCCUGGUUCGGUUGGAUACCGAAGCCCGGCUAUCAGAUGAUUUGAAGAGUUAUUAUUUUGACGUUCAAGUUGCCGAAAAGCCGGCUUUGCUGCUGGCAUUGCUUGAGAAGAGGGACUCGUCGCUUUUUGAUUUGUAUAACCCAUCGGAGCCUGGUGGACUCAUAUUUGUUUCCACUCGUCAGAUUGCAACCCUACUUUCUGGUAUCCUUUCAGAGGCUGGCAUCAAACAUGGCGUCCUUUUUGGACAAAUGGAUGCUGAGGCUCGUAAAAUCAUUGUUGAGUCUUUUCGUGCCAAUCAAAUCCCUUUUUUAAUUGUAACAGACGUCGCUUCCAGAGGAAUUGAUAUCCCCUCACUUCAAUUUGUCAUUAACUACGACUUUCCCGCAACGGCCAAGCUUUUUAUUCAUCGCACAGGAAGAGUUGCUAGGGCUGGGCGCUCUGGAACGGCAAUUUCCUUUGUGACAAUUGAUGAGAGACCAUAUCUGAUGGACCUUGAAGCUUUUCUUGGAAUCUCCAAGCUCCAAUUAAUGCGGCUCGUUCCUUUUGGUGAUUCCGAAACUGAAGAUAUUAAGGCAAGGGUUAAUGACUAUAUCGCCUCGAAUGCAGAUUUGGAACCAUUGCCGCGGGUUGCGGAGCAGUCUCUUCUCAAAUACCAACGUACCAGGCCAAAGGCAUCGCCUGCCUCUUAUACAAGGGCAAAGGCGAUUCCUAGCCGUGAGCUACUCCCCGUGUAUUCUGGGUAUUCCCAGUUAAAAUCGGAAGGAAAUUCUUUCCUGGCCCAGCUUGCUGCCUUUCGGCCGUCUGAAACCGUUUUUGAAGCCAUGCGCAAGGGAUCAAAAGGCCAACGUUCUUUAAUUAAUGCGCCGGAGCUAUCUAGCAUUGUUGCGCUUAGAAAUAAGAAAAAGAACGCCAAAGCUAUCACCGCCUUGGUAGAGGAAAAAGACACUGCCAGUGUUGAUGAGAAUUGCAGUAAAAGUUCUUUAUUUGCUUCAAACUGUUUAGACCUUUCUUUCAAAGAUGAAAAAUCCUUCGUUAACUAUGCCAAAAAGGGAGCGGAAUAUGAAAGAGGACUUGAUGUUUCUACCUUUUCAUUGCCUGAGGAUGAACAGACAGGUUCUGUCCGGUCUGUGUCCGGAAAAAAGCGCCUUAUUCGGAAAUGGGACGCCAAGAAGAAAAAGUACAUCCAAAGAGAGGCUGCAGAGUCUCCUGAAACGAUCCUUGAAAAGUCUCUUUUUGGUGGACGCUCAACAGCCAAAAAAGGAUCAUCAAAGCAAAGGAUUAUCGGCGAUGUAUAUCGAAGCUGGAAGAAAGUUACACAUCAAGAACUGCCCAGGGUUGGCUCCAUUGAGACACAGAAUUCUACCAAACGUAUUGAAAGGUUUCCUGAUUUUCGGGGGAGAAAGGGUGGUGCCAAAGGGUCGAGAUAUUCCAAGGCACCUGUGAAGAAGUCUGCAGUAAAAAGUGAGCUGAGGAACCCAGAUCAAAUUAUCAAGGCACGAGUCAAGAAGGCAGGCAUCGCAGACAGAUUAGCAGCCAAGAAGGAAAAGGGCAAGGCAAGGCCUCCCCAUGCUCGCUAG